AUGUCAGGCUCAUACGAUGAAUCCAGUGGAUUAGAGGAAACGACUGACAGUUUCUGGGAGGUUGGGAAUUAUAAGCGCUCUGUGAAGCGUAUUGAUGAUGGUCACAGGUUGUGCAAUGAUCUUAUGAACUGUGUCAAUGAACGGGCUAAGAUAGAGAAAUCUUAUUCUCAGCAGCUGACUGACUGGUCUAAAAGGUGGAAACAACUCAUUGAGAAAGGACCACAAUAUGGCACUCUGGAGAGAGCCUGGAUGGCGUUGAUGACUGAGGCAGACAAAGUAAGUGAGCUACACCUGGAGGUGAGAAAUGCACUGACCAGUGAAGAUUUUGAAAAGGUCAAGAACUGGCAGAAAGAUUCCUUCCACAAACAGAUGAUAGGGGGCUUCAAAGAGACCAAAGAAGCCGAAGAUGGAUUCCGGAAAGCACAAAAACCCUGGGCUAAAAAGCUGAAGGAGGUGGAAGCAGCCAAGAAAGCUUAUCACCUAGCCUGCAAAGAGGAAAAGAUGGCAGCUACAAGGGAGGCAAACAGUAAGGCAGAGCAGUCAGUCACUCCCGAGCAACAGAAGAAACUACUAGACAAGGUGGAGAAAUGUAAACAAGAAGUACAGAAGACAAAAGAGAAAUAUGAAAAGGCCUUGGAUGAAUUGAGUAAAUGCACACCGCAGUACAUGGAGAAUAUGGAACAAGUGUUUGAACAGUGCCAGCAAUUUGAGGAGAAACGACUGGUUUUCUUCAGGGAAGUGCUUCAGGACAUCAAAAGACACCUAAACCUCACCGAGAACAACAAUUACACCAACAUUUACCGAGAGCUGGAGCAGGUAAUCCGGAUUGCAGACUCACAGGAGGAUCUAAAAUGGUUUAACAGCACACAUGGACCUGGAAUGCCAAUGAACUGGCCUCAGUUUGAGGAAUAUUCUCAAGACAUGACUCAUACAGUUGCUAAAAGAGAGAAAGUAAAAAAGGUUAAUGAAGGUGUUACUAACAUCUCACCAGGAGGAGAGCAGGUGACACAGGCUGUAGACCGGGGCAGUGUGAGUAGCUACGAGAAGAACCAGGCAUACUCUGCCGAAUGGUCCGAUGAUGAAACAAAUAACCCUAGCACAAAUGAUGCUAAUGGAGGAGCAAAUCCAUUUGAUGAGGAAGUAUCUCCCACCCCUGGUGUGCGAGUUCGCGCGCUGUAUGAUUACGAGGGGCAAGAGCAGGAUGAACUGAGCUUCAAAGCAGGUGAUUUCUUAACAAAGAUCGAAGAUGAAGAUGAGCAGGGUUGGUGCAAAGGACGUCUGGAGAAUGGACAGCUUGGCUUGUAUCCAGCUAAUUAUGUAGAGGUUAUCUGA